UGGAGUUGUUUGACAGUGAGGAUCCCAGGGAGAGAGAAUACCUGAAGACCAUCCUGCAUCGUGUCUACGGCAAACUGCUGGGUCUGCGGGCGUACAUACGUAAACAGAUCAACAACAUCUUCCUCAGGUUCAUCUAUGAGACUGAGCACUUCAACGGAGUAGCAGAGCUACUGGAGAUUCUGGGCAGCAUUAUAACGGGUUUGCGCUACCCCUGAAGUCGGAACACAAGCAGUUCCUGGUUCGAGUCCUGAUCCCUCUACACACAGCCAAGUCCCUGUCCAUCUUCCAUGCACAGCUGGCAUACUGUGUUGUCCAGUUCAUGGAGAAAGAUGCCACGGUCACAGAAUACAUCAUACGAGGGCUGCUCAAGUACUGGCCCAAAACCUGCACCCAGAAAGAGGUGAUGUUCCUAGGGGAGAUAGAAGAGAUACUGGAUGUGAUUGAGCCGUCUCAGUUUAUCCGUGUUCAGGAGCCUCUCUUCAAACAGAUCACUGCCUGCAUCUCAAGUCCACACUUCCAGGUAGCAGAGAGGGCUCUGUACUUCUGGAACAAUGAGUACAUCCUGUCUUUGAUAGAGGAGAACAGUCAGGUGAUUCUACCGCUGGUCUUCACUACACUCUACAGAGUCUCCAAGGAGCACUGGAACCAGACAAUAGUCUCUUUGAUCUACAACGUUCUGAAGACCUUUAUGGAGAUGAACAGCAAACUGUUUGAUGACCUCACUGCCUCUUACAAAGUGGACAAACAGAAGGAGUUGAAGAGGGAGCGUGAGCGUGCAGAGCUGUGGCGGGGGUUGGAGGAGCAGAAGGAGAGGAGGCUUCAGACCCUGGGGGAGACCAGUCGUAAUCAGAAGAACCUCCAGGAGAGAGGGGAGCCUCCUCAGCCCUCCUCCCCACAGACGGCACUCCCUAAGCAGCCAGACCUCAAGCUCAGUGGACCCUCCUCCACCACCUAGAGCCAGACAGAGAAUCAGUACCAGAGUCACAGAGUACAGAACAUAUUGAUACAGUUAGCACACACACACACACACACACACACACACACACACACACACACACACACACACACACACACACACACACACACACACACACACACACACACACACACACACACACACACACACACACACAGAGAUAACAUACACAUAGCCAUACACAGGCAUAACGUAUACUGUAUACACACGCUCAUGCAAAGUGUACACAAAUACAAAAUAUGAAUUGACUCACACACACACACACAAACACACACUAAUUACACACACAGACUGAACACACAGACUGAACACACAGACUGAACAC